GUGCGCUGGCGGCGGCUCUUCUCCGCCACCCGCUUCUUCCUCUGCAUCGACGGCGGCGGCGGCGUGGAGGGCACGCGCUGGAGGGAGCGCCCGGGCAGCGUCGUGGAGAUCCGGUCGGUGUGCGUGGGCGUCGUGGCCAUCCGCGCCGUGCACAGCGGCUUCUACCUGGCCAUGAACAAGCAGGGGAGGCUCUACGGGUCGAGGGAGUUUGGCCCCAGCUGCACGUUCCGGGAGCGCAUUGAGGAGAAUGGCUACAACACGUACGCGUCGCUGCGCUGGCGCCACCGCGGCCGGCCCAUGCUCGUGGCGCUCGACGGGCGCGGGAGGCCCCGGCCCGGGCGCAGCACGCGCCGCCGCCACCUCUCCACCCACUUCCUGCCCACGCUCGUGGCCUGA